UCUCUCUCUCUCUCUCUCUCUCUCUCUCUCUAAUCGAUCAGCUGCGGUGUGCUUGAUCUCCUCUGAUCGGUUCCGGUCCGGAUCGAUCCUUCUUGCGGUGCUCAGUGUCUCCGCUCGGUGUGUCGGUCCGUUUCGUUCUGGUUCGUUCUGGUUCGUUCUGGUUCCGCUUGCUUGUUCCGGAACUUUUGGAGCUCCAGUGUUCAGCUGGUCUCUGGUCUUCCGCCCGCUGCUUCCUCUCUGAUCCGCCUCCGAGGCUCCGAGACUCACACCGGAGCCUACCGCCGCCGUCCGGACCGAACACUCCGCUCCGCUCCGCGAGUUAUCCGGUUCGGUUUGGUUAGCAGGGCACUUAAGCUAACUUAGUAGCUAAGUGUUAGCCUGAGUUAGCAGCUAGCAGCUAGCCGCGGAGUUCCUCAUGCCGGCGAUGCUUCAGAGGAACCCGGAGGCUCCGGGGAAGAGGAGAGGCAGGGCCCCGGGGCCCGGGGCGGCCCAUCCCGCCGGGAAGAGCCUGUCCGGGAAUGGAACCAGCACCAGCUGCUGGGAGGAAGGAAGCUCCGGGUCCAGCAGUGACGAGGAGCAUGGAGGAGGGGGCAUGCGGGUCGGACCGCAGUACCAGGCCGUGGUCCCGGACUUUGACACGGACGUGGCCCAGGCAGCUCAGAUCAGAGAGAACCUGGGCAUGCUAGUCUGGAUCCCCAGCAGCUGUCUGAACCAGACUCAGUUGGACGAAUACAUCGCCAUCGCCAAGGAGAGGCACGGAUACAACAUGGAGCAGGCUCUGGGGAUGCUCUUCUGGCACAAACACAACAUAGAAAAAUCUCUUGCUGACCUGCCAAACUUCACUCCAUUUCCUGACGAGUGGACGGUGGAGGACCGAGUCCUGUUUGAACAGGCCUUCAGCUUCCACGGCAAGAGCUUCCACCGCAUCCAGCAGAUGUUACCUGACAAGUCCAUGGCAAGUCUGGUCCGGUUUUAUUACUCCUGGAAGAAAAGUCGCAGUAAAACGAGUCUGAUGGACCGACAGACAAGAAAACACAAGAGAGAGAGAGACGACAGUGACGAUGAGGUUGAGGACAGAAACUUAAAUCCUCCGAGUGAUUCUGAGUUUGAGCCAAACAAAGACGACAAGAAGGAGGUGAUUUCUGCAUCAGAGAGGUCAGAGGUCAAACCAGCUCCUGGACUGAAGACAGGCAGUAAGGCAUCCCAGCGGUUGAAGAAGCGUCCUCCCAGAGGGAUGUUUCUUAAUCAGGAGGACGUCGUCUCACUCUCGUCUUCGUCUGCUCAGGGACUCAUCAGACAGCUGGACUGUCAGCUGGUCUCCAUCAAGAGACAGAUUCAGACCAUCAAACAGUCCAACAGCUCUCUGAAGGACAAAAUCAACUCAGGGGUGGACGAGUUCCGACAGCCCGAGGUGAAUCAGAAGUUUAACACUCGUUGGACCACAGAGGAGCAGCUGCUAGCAGUACAAGCCAUCAGGAAGUAUGGGCGGGACUUCCAGGCGAUCUCAGAUGUGAUUGGUAACAAGUCGGUGGUUCAGGUGAAGAACUUCCUGGUGAACUACAGACGGAGGUUCAACCUGGACGAGGUUCUUCAGGAGUGGGAGGCUGAACACGGGAUGGAGGCGGGACAUGGAGGAGGAGCAGAGGAGGACAGGAUGGAAGAGUGUCCUGCUGAGGAGGAGGAGGUCCCAGUCAGGGAGACGAAGGAGGACUCGUCCUCCCUCGUUGUGGAGCCCCAGAAGCCUCUGGCAUCCUGACUCUGUGACUCCGCCCCUCUGGUUUCAUGAUGUCAUUAAGUUUUGUUUUAUUUUUAUUUUUUGUGUUGUGUUGGACUUUAUUUUGUCAGUUUGAGGUUUAUGUCCUGAACCUGACGUCACUGCUCUCUGGACCAAUCAGAAAUCAGACCUGACCUGUCACGUAAAGUGGACGGGGCCUGUUUUUUGUCUCUUUUUAUUAGAUUUCUAUUACAAUUCUAUUGUUUUAUGUUUUUAAUCUUUUGUUUUGGUAUCUCUCUGUGCGUGUUGGGGUGAUGUCACUCAGGGAGGGGGCGUACGGCUUGUUGGAGGAGUGACAAUAAAACCAAAGUUCCUCAAUAAAUGAAUUUGUUUCUUCUUCA